AAGGAUCGUGGCGCCUCUGGGUGCCCAGAAAGGCGGCGACGCGGCCGAUGACAACAUUAGGCCGCGACGAGCUCUGGGCUGGGCGGCGGUGGUAGCGGCAGCCCAGGCGGCUGUAGCGUUAGCUUUAGCAGCGGCAGUAGCCGCCGCCGACAGCAGGCAGGCAGAGGGAAGGUGGGAGCCCGCUCUGGCCGGUGGACAGCGGAGCCGGAGUUCCCGCCCCGCUCGCGGGCCGAGCUGGCAGCGCCUCCGCUGCAGCUAGACAGCGCCCUCGGUCUGGGCUCGCGCCCCAGCUGCCGCCGACGACAGCGGCCAAGAGAAGUUGGGGUCCGACCCAACGCGUGCAGGGCCCCGGACCUAGACUCCGCUCCGACCCCUGAGGAACCGGCUCCCUGCGUUCCCGCCUCUCCAGGGGCUCCGCACCGGAUUUGCAGAUUUACAGAAUGGCCAAAUGUUAAUGGAAAGAGAAGCAUAAACCUAUCUUCUUUCAUUAUGGAGACAGGCUUGGCAGAUGGAGAGCCUGACCGAACUUCGAUCUUGCCAUAUUCAGAAGUUGCUGAAGUUCAAGAGACACUUCUUGGUGAUAGCAAAGAUGUCCUUUGGCCAUCAACUGUUGUAGCAAACAGUGACGAAGCUCAACUUCUGACACCAGGAAAGAUGAGUCAGCGCCAAGGGAAAGAAGCUUAUCCAACACCAACCAAAGAUUUGCAUCAGCCAUCUCUCAGUCCAGCAAGUCCUCAUAGCCAGGGUUUUGAAAGAGGAAAGGAAGAUAUUUCUCAAAAUAAAGAUGAAUCUUCACUUUCUAUGUCAAAGAGUAAGUCUGAAUCUAAACUUUAUAAUGGCUCAGAGAAGGACAGUUCAACUUCAAGCAAGCUCACAAAAAAAGAAUCUCUUAAGGUGCAAAAGAAAAAUUACCGAGAAGAAAAGAAAAGAGCCACAAAGGAGUUACUCAGUACUAUUACAGAUCCUUCUGUUAUUGUUAUGGCCGAUUGGUUGAAGAUUCGUGGUACUCUAAAGAGCUGGACCAAGUUGUGGUGCGUGUUGAAACCUGGGGUGCUACUCAUCUAUAAAACCCAAAAAAAUGGUCAAUGGGUAGGAACGGUCCUUCUGAACGCCUGUGAAAUCAUUGAGCGUCCAUCAAAAAAGGAUGGCUUUUGUUUUAAACUUUUCCAUCCUUUGGAACAAUCUAUUUGGGCAGUGAAGGGUCCAAAAGGUGAAGCAGUUGGAUCCAUAACUCAGCCCCUACCCAGCAGUUAUUUGAUCAUACGAGCUACUUCAGAGUCAGAUGGAAGGUGCUGGAUGGAUGCUUUGGAGUUGGCUUUGAAAUGUUCUAGUCUUCUUAAACGUACAAUGAUCAGGGAAGGGAAGGAACAUGACCUGAGCAUUUCAUCAGAUAGCACACAUGUGACUUUGUAUGGCUUAUUACGUGCUAACAAUCUCCAUAGUGGUGACAACUUCCAGUUAAAUGAUAGUGAAAUUGAACGACAACAUUUUAAGGACCAAGAUAUGUAUUCUGAUAAAUCUGAUAAAGAAAAUGAUCAAGAACAUGAUGAGUCUGACAAUGAGGUGAUGGGGAAAAGUGAAGAAAGUGACACGGAUACAUCAGAAAGGCAAGAUGACUCAUAUAUUGAACCUGAGCCUGUUGAGCCUUUAAAAGAGACUACCUACACUGAACAGAGCCAUGAAGAACUUGGAGAGGCAGGUGAGGCUUCUCAAACAGAAACUGUGUCUGAAGAAAACAAAAGCCUUAUCUGGACACUGCUGAAACAAGUUCGUCCUGGCAUGGACCUGUCCAGGGUGGUUCUGCCUACAUUUAUACUGGAACCCCGUUCUUUCCUGGAUAAACUUUCAGAUUACUACUAUCAUGCAGAUUUCCUAUCUGACGCUGCUCUUGAAGAAAAUCCUUAUUUCCGUUUGAAGAAAGUAGUGAAAUGGUAUUUGUCAGGAUUCUAUAAGAAGCCAAAGGGACUGAAGAAACCUUAUAAUCCUAUCCUUGGUGAGACUUUCCGUUGUUUAUGGAUUCAUCCCAGGACAAACAGCAAAACAUUUUAUAUUGCUGAACAGGUGUCCCAUCAUCCACCAAUAUCUGCCUUUUAUGUUAGUAACCGAAAAGAUGGAUUUUGCCUUAGUGGUAGCAUCCUGGCUAAGUCCAAGUUUUAUGGAAACUCAUUAUCUGCAAUAUUAGAGGGAGAAGCAAGGUUAACUUUUUUGAAUAGAGGCGAAGAUUAUGUAAUGACAAUGCCAUAUGCUCAUUGUAAAGGAAUUCUUUAUGGCACAAUGACACUGGAGCUUGGUGGAACAGUCAAUAUUACAUGUCAAAAAACUGGAUACAGUGCAAUACUUGAAUUUAAACUAAAGCCAUUUCUAGGUAGUAGUGAUUGUGUUAAUCAAAUAUCAGGAAAACUUAAAUUGGGAAAAGAAGUCUUAGCUACUUUGGAAGGCCACUGGGAUAGUGAAGUUUUUAUUAAUGACAAAAAGACUGAUAAUUCAGAGGUUUUCUGGAAUCCAACACCUGACAUUAAGCAGUGGAGAUUAAUAAGGCACACCGUAAAAUUUGAAGAACAGGGAGAUUUUGAAUCAGAAAAACUCUGGCAGCGGGUAACUAGAGCCAUAAAUGCCAAAGACCAAACAGAAGCUACUCAAGAGAAGUAUGUUUUAGAAGAAGCUCAAAGGCAAACUGCCAGAGAUCGAAAAACAAAAAAUGAAGAAUGGACUUGUAAGCUAUUUGAACUUGAUCCACUCACAGGAGAAUGGCAUUACAAGUUUGCAGACACCCGACCAUGGGACCCACUUAAUGAUAUGAUACAGUUUGAAAAAGAUGGUGUUAUCCAGACCAAAGUGAAACAUCGUACUCCAAUGGUUAGUGUCCCAAAAAUGAAACAUAAGCCAACCAGGCAACAGAAAAAAGUGGCAAAAGGAUAUUCUUCCCCAGAACCUGAUAUUCAGGACUCAUCAGGAAGUGAAGCUCAAUCAAUAAAACCAAGUACAAGAAGAAAGAAAGGGAUAGAACUGGGAGACAUUCAAAGUUCCAUUGAAUCUAUAAAACAAACACAGGAAGAAAUUAAAAGGAAUAUUAUGGCUCUUCGAAAUCAUUUAGUUUCAAGCACACCUGCCACGGAUUAUUUUCUGCAGCAAAAAGACUACUUCAUCAUUUUCCUCCUGAUUUUGCUUCAAGUCAUAAUAAACUUCAUGUUUAAAUAGAAGUUCUCUACAGUUGAAUCAAUGAACUAGAAAGAUCAGAUUUGGCCUAGGACCAAUGUUCGAGUUGGAUUGGUCUUUAUUAAAACAUCACCAUAUUUCUAAAACAAAAAAACCUAGGAAAUAAAUAUAGAGGUGUUGACCUUUAAUAUCUUUUAUCUUUAACCUGAAACAAGAGCUAUCCUAUUUGGUUAUUAAAGUGACCUGUAUAUUAAGUGCCAGGACAUUCGUAGAUUUUGUGAGAAUGUGUCUACAUGUGAGCAUAAUAAAUCCACAUGUAUACACAGUUGUCUCUUAUGUACUCUUACCUGAUAGUAGUCUUUGUAUUCUAUAGUAUGUUCUGAAAUAUGUUAACAUUGUUCAUAACAAAAAUGCAUCAAUCUUAUAAAUAUAUGUAUAGUAAUCUAUUUUCUUCAUAAAACAGGCACAAAGCUUUUAUCAAUAAGGAAUUACAGACUGAGAAAUGAUGGAAUAAUAGACAUGGUUAAUUCAAUACACUGUACUGUUAAAAUAAUUUCCAAAGCACCCAGCUCAAUUGUCUUCUUAGAAAUAGCAAGAAAAACGUGUGAAUGGUCAGUGAAUAUAUUGAGAGAGACAGGUAACAAAAAACUGCUUUUUAAAAAGUUUACACAGACUUUUUUUAACCCCUAGAAUUUAAUUUAAUGUUUAUAGAAACAGGUAUAUAUGUACAUAUGUGUAUAUCAAUAUUAAAAAACUUGUAUGCAACUACUUGGAUUGAUUACAAUACCAGUUUAAGCACUUCUUAAAAAAAAAAAAAGUGUGGUCAAAAUUCACUGCUGUCUUUAUGUUUUUUUAAGUCAGCUGGUCCAUAACUUAGGCCAAAUUCUAGAGACAUUUAAAGGGCAUAUGAAAUGCUGAUAAUUCAUGUUUUUUUCAUUAUGAAAAAUUUAUUUUAGCUUUCAUUUAGACCCUAAUGUGUUCAGUGAAUACGUAGAAUACAAAAAUUAUAACUACUAUUUUACUUCAAAAGCCAAAAAGAGAAAGGCAAUAAGACACUGUAUAGUGGCCUUUAUGUGUACAUUAAAAUUGGUUUCUUUAAAAUGUGCAAUAAGUUGAACAUCUGAGAAGAGUAUCAAGUUCUGAAGUUUAAUUCUUUAUUAUCCCCUUUUGUUCUUAGUAACUUCUUUCUGUGGCAAAACCACAAUUCUUUAAGAUAUCCUUUUGUUCAGGCUCAGGCACACUUUUUCCUAAAAUUUUGUUUGUUUCUUCAGUUUAAUAUUUUGACAUUGUGUUUUUACAGACAUAUUUAUAGUCCUCAAGAGCAAGUUUUGCCAAGGCAGUUAAGUUUAGGAACAUAUUGUCUUAAAAUAUGUCUUAGAAUCCUGAAAGUAUAGAUUUUGAAAUAAUUAAUUAAAAUGAAGGUCAGAGAGAGGAAUUGCUCUGGCCACAUUUGCCUUUGACUAAGAAGAGACUGUGAGACACUAGUAAAAUUAUAAUAAAUUGUUUAUGCUGUGAUAAAUAUAAAAUCAAGAGAUGAUUGCUAAAUUAUGAAAAUUAAAAUGAUAAAAAGAGCCUGCCUUUUUUCCCUAACCUAUAUAGCUAUCUUAAGUACCCUUAGGUUUCUAUGAAGAACCAUUUCCCAUGUUUUGUUGACAAAAUAAUGUUGUAUUCUAUAUGUACAUGUGAAGUUAUUUUUUAAAUUGAUAAAAGUAUAAAUAAGGUAUACCUAUAGCCAGUAUUCUCAUGACUACAUUAGAAUGAGUGGUUUUUUGGUUAUAUUUCAUAUUUGUCAAUAUAAUUUUUGUAUUCACCUUGUGUUACCAAUGUUGUGCUCAACUGCCUAUUCGUUGAUAUAUGAUAGUUUGUAAAUAUUGUACAAUUUGAUCUUUUUUAUGGUUUAAAUUAGUAUUUAUAUUACAUAUAACUUUGAUUGGCUGAUCACAAAAGUAAUUUCAUCAUUAAACCGUGAAAACUUAAAAUUUUUUGUUGGUGACCCACCUCUUAGGGUUUUGGUCUUAUCCACUUGUAUGUUAUUUUUAUUUGGUCAAGAUGGUGUUUUAUUUGUAUGGGUAUCUUCUAAGAUUAGAAAGGUAUUUUCUUUAUUUAAAACAAAUUCUUUUAGGGCAGAUGGUAUGGGUUUUUACACAAAGAGUCAAAAACUAUUUCAUAAGAAGGGGCAGGGUUAUUCAUGACUGUUUUUUAAUACACUAAAAGCAUAUGUCUAAUCCAGUAGUCCUUUUAAUGCUUUUAGUUGUAUGAAUUCCUUUCUAUGAACUGAACACAAAACUCAGGAAUUGGUGGCUUAAUUUUAGAUCAGUGCUUAUACUAGGAUUAGUAUGUGAAUCUUUAAAACACAUAAUUAAUUUUGUAUUUAGCCAUAGUAUGUAAUUGACUUUGAAUGUUCUUUACCUGAGAGUAAUCUUCCUUCACACAUGGAUUCAUAAUGUGAUUUACAGUUUCCAAUUGUCUGAAAGCCUCAUGAUGGUUUCUAGGAUUUACAACUUUAUGACCAGUUUUCUUCAAAAGUUUAUCAAAAUUUUAUUUUCCCACAUGAAAACUUAGAUGAGUAGUUAUUGACAUGUGCAUUUCUUUCUUAGUUGUUAAAUUACUAUGCCAUCAGUUAUCCACCACUUAGUAAGAGAUGUAGCUGGCCCAGGAUAAGGCAAUAAAUAGGGCAUGUGAAAUGUUAAGUAAGUUUCAGCAAUAGAUAUUUUACUUGUAUUUCAUGUCAGUACUUUUUUGUAUUAAUUAUAAAGGUACAGUGUAAUUUCUGUCAUAGCUCAGUUGGCAACUGCAUUCCAUUGAAAAGUUGGCCUUGUAAAAUACAACUGUCAUUUAGUAUUCAUGCUUUUGUGCCUUUAAGAAAAUAUUUUUUGUCAUUUUUAUGUUACAGAACUAUAAUAUGAUUCAAAGUGUUUAUAGGCUUAAUUGUCAUAAAAGGGUCAUUUCUCUGUGUCACUUUAUUUCCUUUUAUAUAGCUAUAGAAUAUUUAAACAGUAAUGCUGUACUUUUAUAAGGGUUUGUCUAUUUACCUCUUUCAAAUAUAUUCACUCUCAGACAUCAUUGAAGUAGACUUGUCAGAUUAUUCUGAGUAUUGUAAACAGUGCCUUUUCAAUGGAAUUUACACUGUUUUGGGUGUCAACUUGUGCCAUAUACACACAAAAUUUUGUGGAAGGCAGUUUUAACUUUUUGAAGAAUAUCUUAAGCAAAAUUUAAGAAAACAAAUAUAUGAAAUUCCAUUUUUCCAGUGUUCAGCAUUUCUAGUGAGCAAUGAAUAUUUUUGGUUUAUUUUAUUUGAACAUAUGGUGAUGAUGGUAUUGAUGAGCCAUACCUUACAGAUUAUUUUGAAUUAUGUUAAAUGUACAGAAAUAGAAUAUUAGCAUUUACAUCAAAUUUUCCAAUUUGAACCAACAGGGGAACCACAGAAAUCAGUAAGUUUACAUUUCCACUUCUAUCUUACUUGACUAAGUGGAAAAGAGAUUCUUUAAAAUGUAUAACCUGCCAUUAUUAUUUAAUUUGGUUUCCUUUUGUUCUACCUAUCAUGGGAGUUUAGUAUAUUUAAUUUGCUUUUUGUUACUCUUAACAUACUGUUUUUGUUAAUGUUUAACUGAAGAUGGACUAUUAAAACUGAAUAGGACCAGUGUCUUAUCAACAUGAUUAACAUAUUUAGAAGAACCACAAGAAACCCAUGACAAAUGAAUGUGAAUAUACUUUCUAAAAUAUUUAGAAAAAUUUCUUUAUGCAUUUAUCAUGUAAAAUUAUUUUAGUAUUACAAUAUCAAAAUUUUUCAUUUAAAUAAAAAAUGCCAUGAAACAUUUGAACUGAUGAGCCACAGAACUUCAGCUGAAAUUUUUUUCACUAUUUAGGAUGCUAAAUAUACAUCUCAGUUUAAACAUUGUUUAAUGGCCAUUUAUAAAUUCAGGCAGUACCACUGGUCAGUUUUGUAUGACAGAAUAAAAGUAGGUUAUCUGUGGUUUAAGUACAGGACACUGUCAAAUUCUUUUCCUUAAGGUGCAUAGUAAAUGUACAGAUAGUCAUAGGCUACUGUUUUGUAAUGUAUUACAUUUCUAAUCUAUUAUUCCUAACUACUAUAAAUGUUUGCAGAGAGAAAAGAAUUGAAUUUUUUUAAUCUGUAAAAUGAUGCUGACUUAUACAAGUAGGCAUUCUAAAUAAAAUUUUUAAAAAGAGCAAA